AUGCAAGAAGAAGUCAUCUUCCAGGCUAGGGAGGUCAAGAAACCCCUAGACCUGGUCCUAUCCAUCUCCACCUCAGCCAAGAUCCUUCUCAACAAGACCCAGGAGGCCCAGCUGGAACUGACCAGUACCCAGACCAGUCCAGAGGACCAGUCUAGACCAGGAUCCUACUAUGGUCAGUCCUAUGCCUGCAGUCUGAGUCUGUCCGGCGAGGUCCACGAUCUGAGAAGCCACAUUCAAGAGCUCUACGAUGUCAUUGUAACAGGAUGGAAAGGAAACCCAUCGAAUGAUGGUGAAAGUGGUAUGAUUGGCUCAGAGUUUGACCCUCUAAAGCUACGCCUGCCGACCGAUGCACUUCUAGUGGUGGUCAACCGUCUCCCUCAAGCCGCAUCCACCCUGGAGCUACUCAGUAUCCAUGGCAACAGCUCCACCUUCUCCGACACCUCCACCACCUCCUCGACAGACGGUCCUGGCCGUCCGACCGACCUGGUGCGCCUGGCUAGCAGACAGCUCCUGACCCACCUCAGGUCACUACAAGAUUACAUACGCAACACCGUUAGGAGGUCACGAAUCCCUGCGGAGUCAGAGACGGGGGUGAAGCGCAGCAAGCACGUCAGGUUUGCUGAGCAUCUCAAUAAGAAGGCAUUCAUCUACAGGUAUUCAUCGAUGUCCUCCGACACCGAUUCUAGCGGGACGUGAAAUGCCAUAAGCCUUCUUUCAAAAUAAUGCAACAUGGUCAAACCCUUCUAAAUGGCCACUUAACAUAGCGAUUAUAUAAUUUAUAUUCCUCUUUCUUAUCCCAAACAUUUUGCCCCUGAAAACUUUCAUCAUUAAGUUCUUGUUCAUUUAUAUAUUAGAAAAAUUGCCAAUACUAGUAGUCCUCAACAUUUAUCAAGUCAAAUAUGAAAAAAGGCUUUAUUGGCUCAUGAGAAAGAUCUCGUUCCUGAGGCAUUGCAUAAAAUUAGUUAAAAACAAGAAAUUCUAGAAAAUCAGCAAGAUUUUACAUCUAGUUCUACAUUUGAAUUUUUACUUCAUAUACAUGUAUGUACUGGGAUCCACAAUUUUCAAACCACAGAAUGUUUCACUGACUAUUUGAUCGUUAGACAUAGUGAUAAUUAGCCCUAAGUUGGUAUUAGACCAAGUUUUACUUCGACCUAAUGGUAGUUUAACCAAGUGGAUUCAGACAGAAUGCGAUGUAAAGCUAGAUGAUCUGGAAAGUAGACCAGUUGGUAUUAGACCAAGUGUUAUUUGGUCCAAAUGCCAAUUAGACCAAUUUGUUUGUAGUCAUAAAUGCAAUGUAUUCAGGAAAGUAGACCUAAUGGUAUUAUACCAAGUGUUAAAUGGUCCAAAUGGGUUUAGACCUAAUGCAAUAUGAGGCUAGAUUAUCUGGAUGAUAGACCAAUUAGUAUUAGACCUAGUGAUAAUUGGACCAAAUGGUCAUUAGACCAAGUUGAUUUGGAGAUGCAGUGGGUUUAGUCACGAUGCAGAGACAUGUACAUGUAAUACAUAGUAUGGAUUAGACCAAUUGGUAAUAUACCAAGUGAUGAUAUCGACUGCAAUUAGACCGAAUGAGUUGAGACUAGUUGUAACUGGACCAGAAGGAAAUAAGACCAAAUAGACAGUAGAUCAAAUGGGUUUUUCAUAAUACAUUGUGGUAUCAUAUGAUUUGUAGAUUAAACCAACUGAUAUGAGAUUAUUGAAUGAUUGCACCCAAUAGCAACAUGACAAAGUUGAUUGUAUGCCAACUGGGUUAAAGACAUAUUAUAUAGUGGUCUUAGGUGCUUUGAGAAUUAAGGUACAUGUAACUGGUAUUAUACCAAGUAGCUAUAGUCCCACAAUAUCAACACUGCCAUGCCAUGCAAAAUGAUUCACAAAACCUUUACAACAAAAAUUGGAGUAACCAUUUCUUAAAUAUACAGUAAUGAACAAAAAAAUUUAGUCAAAGGGUUAUGGUCAGGGGGGCUCUGGUAAUUGCCUUCAUGUAUUUAGUAAAUAUAGGCUUAUUAUAUGUUAAUUUUAUUGAAAUAUCACUGCUUGUUGCCCAAAAUUAAUCAGAAUGUUUAUGUAUAAAGCAUUGUGGAAACGACUAAACAAAUAGCAUAGCAUAGAAGUCUCAUAAAUGUUUCACAUCCUAGAAGUGCCAGAUAUAUUUUCAGGGGGAGGGACUAUUUGAUGGUGUAAAAAGUGUACAUAUUGUCAACAUUUUAUUUCUGCAGUAUAGUAUACCUCUCAACAGACAUUUUUUAGUACAUACAUAUGUAUAUAUACUUGACCAGUUUAACAGUAUUGGAUGUAGAAUACAUGUAUUUCUAUUUUCAAUGACUGAUGUUAUUUAAUCUUAAUUGGCAAUUAAUUUGUGAAUAAUGUGUAGAAAUCUUGUACAAAUUGAUAGAUAAAGAAAUUUUGACAAGCUAGGGUUUGCCUGAAAUCACACUGCUGUAAAUAAAAAAAAAUUAAUAAAUCAUAUAAACGUGUGUAUGUUUAUGUAAGUAAAUAAUUGCAAUUCAGUAAUCAUUUUAUAGAAUUUGUACGACUGCGCAAACAGGUAUUUGCAAUGGAUGGAUAUACUUCAAGUUGUAACAUAGGUGUGUACAUAUGUAGUUGCAAAUACUAAAAAAGAUUAUGCUCACUUAUAAUUGACGAUUCAUGGUUCAAAGGACAUUUACGUGUACAGUGUAUGCUCAAAAGAUUGAGAGAGAAACAGAGAACAUUCUUGGCAUCACAAUACUUUUUAAUCUUAAUUUGAAAUGGAACAAUAAAAGGGAACAAUAAUCAAACGGAAAAAUAUCUGAGAGCCUACAGUGUUUUUCAAGGGAAUUUUAAUGAAUUUACGAAACCAAAAUUGUUAUCUGUUGCUAAAGUGUUCCUGCCUAGGUGAGAAAAAUAUGUAAAGUAUUGAUCAGUAGGAGUGUGUACAAUGUACCCUCAAGUUAGAAUGGGACUAUACUUGAAACUAGAUUACUAGAUAUUAUUAUAGAAGUCAUUACACUCCCCCCCCCCCAUUCCGAAGUCCUCUCCCUCUCUGUAUCUCUCUCUCUCUCUCAACACAAACCCCCCCCCCCUUCUGUCAGUUCAUUGCAUAUAAAUGAAUGAGAAGGAUUAGGCCCAAAAGAUGAAAUUGCUAUCCUUCAAUUAAAUGGGCCUAGCUCCCAGCUGAGCCUUCCUAAUGAGGUUUACUGAAAGAUGCCGGCUGAAGCGAUUAGCGGCCGGCCGGCCACCGUGCAUGCCGAACAUGACCUAUAAAGUUAUGCCCAGACCAAGGCUGAAACUCUGACCACACUGUCAUUGCCAUGGUAAAACCAUUCCAGAUAUGGUAUGUGGAUCUCUGCAUCUGAAAAUGGCGGAUCAGCUAUUUUUAGGAGCCGACUGUCCUUUGGUUGUGUGCCGUAAUUAGGGGAAGUGGGUGUGAAAAGAUGUCUUCUGAGUUUUGUGAUGACAGGUACUUGAUAAUGAUAACGGCAAUUAUAAAGAAAUUAUUGUGAACUCAAUGUAAUUAGAGGUAUCAUGAAAUUCAUACAGAACAUGAUGACCUUUGAACUUUAAUUUGGUUGUUGCUACAGCGGUGAUAACAAGUUAGCGAACCCCUCCACAAAAUGCACUCCUCCAUGCUGAGUGUUGAAUGUAGACAACAACACUACAAAAUUUAUUGAAUGUAAUAUUUUAUCACCUGACUUCACAAUUGAAGAUCUAUAAACAUGGCAUAAUUUGAACACUUUUUAGCACCACUGUAUUAGCCUUCACCAGACGGGGCUAAUAUUGAAUCAAUAUCUCAGGAAACUAGAAAAUAUAAAAAGUGUCCAUUCCUAAGUAAAGUUUAAUGGCAAUCAGAGCAUCAAAAUAAAAGGGAAAUAGCAGUGAGCUUAAUAAAAUGUUUACGUUUUUUAGACACGAUAUUGAUGGGAAUAGAAUCUAUGGUGUUGGAAGUGAUUUAGCAUAUGGCAAUUACAGAUAAAAGAGACAUGAAGAAGUUAAGGAGUUUGUGCCAUUUCAGCAAUUGAUAGAGGCCAACAUGCCAGGUCAAGAUUUAAAAGUUCAUUUCUGUAGACUUUUGACAUAAAAGUCUGUUGAUAGAUGUACAUAGGUUUCUUGUAAAUACCACUGUGCGAGAAUAAGUACGUGUGUGUCACUCUAUUGUGAACUGCAUGCAAUCUGAAUCAUGAUGUCAAUGUAUAAUUCGGUAUGAGGGAUGAGCGCUAGAGCAAACUAGCCCAUAAUAAAUGGAUUGAAGCUUA